UGAAAACGUCUUGGAUUGGACCGAUAUUACGGACUAUUACGGAGUUACAUUACAAUUUUACCCAUGAUGAUAAGGAAAUGGCUAAAAUGCCCCCCUACAAGCCAAAAAAACCAGCAAGUGCCAAGUGGAGAGUGAAAAAAUUUGAAUCCUCUUGCUAAACCAAUCCCCCCAAAUCCCUACUCCUUAUCCCUUUCCCUUAGCUUUCUCAGUGCUGCAACCCGACAACCUCGCCGCACUAAGGGCGUCGGACCACCGCCAUCCGCCGCCUUAUCACUCGCCGGAACUCCUCCCCACCACCAAUUUCAGCUUUUCUCACCUCCAAUUUUCAAAGGGAUGUUUUUACCCCAUUAAUUCCGGCAACUUCGCAAUUUUGAAAAUUAGGGUUCAUCCUCAUUUGAUUAAAUCCUUAAAACCCCAGAAAAAUUAAUGCUCAUUUGAUUGAACCAUUAAAAAUCCAGUAAAUUUAUCCUCAGUUUGAAGCUGAUUUGAUGCAUAUUCGCCUCGUUAUCAUGCCCAGGAUACCUGUUUUGAUGAGCUUGCCUCGAUUCAGCUUUGCUCAAUGCCGCCCAAUUUUCUCUGUCCUUCAUGGAACCUGCAACAAUGGCGUUUCUGCUGCUGCGGCUUCUUCAACCAAACCUGUUUCUUCUUCGGAUGUUCCGGGUAAAAGGAUGUCAUUGAAACAAAGGAAAAAAGCCCGAAGUGUGACGCCUGAAUACAUACUGAAGUGUAAACUUGAUAUGUGUUCAAAGUUUAAUAAGCUUGAUGAAGCUCUGCGCCUUUACGAUGCUGCUAGAGUUGAUGGUACAGAACUAUCUCUUCAUCAUUACAAUGUACUUUUUUAUUUGUGUUCUAAUCAUGCUUUGAAUGGUAUUAGUGAUUGUGGUAUUGAUAGUUUAGAAAGGGGAUUUGAGAUAUUUAGACAAAUGGGUAUUGAUAGAGUUGUUCCGAAUGAGGCUACAUUUACUAGUAUGGCUAGAAUAGCAGCUUGUAAGAAAGACCCGGAAAUGGCUUUUGAUUUAGUUAAGCGGAUGAAGGAUAGUGGUAAUGUUCCGAAGCUUAGAUCGUACGCGCCAGCAUUGUUUGGGUUUUUAGAUAAGGGGGAUGCCGAUGGGGGGUACAAGGUGGAUGCACACAUGAUAGAGUGUGGGGUAGUGGCUGAGGAGCCUGAGCUUGCUGCUCUUUUGAAGUUGAGUGUGGAUGCCAGGAGGGGAGAUAAGGUUUAUGAGAUGUUGCAUCGAUUGCGAACUAGUGUGAGACAGGUUUCUGAAGAGACUGCUAAGAUAGUGGAAUGUUGGUUUAAAUCUGAGACAGCUAGUGGUGUCGGGGUGGAGAAUUGGGACGUGGGCAAGGUGAAGGAAGGUAUAAUGAUGGGUGGAGGUGGGUGGCACGGGCAAGGGUGGCUUGGUAGCGGUAAAUGGGGUGUAGUAAAGACCGAGAUGGAUAAGAAGGGUGUGUGUAGUUCCUGUGGUGAGAAACUUGUGUGCAUUGACAUUGACCCUAAAGAGACUGAGAAUUUUGCUUGUUCAUUGAGUUCUUUGGCAUGCAAAAAAGAAAAACUGGCUGACUUUUUGAAGUUCCAGCAGUGGCUUCAGAGUAAUGGACCUUUUGAUGCAGUUGUGGAUGGUGCUAAUGUUGGCCUUUGCGACUCAGAAUCUUUUGACUUUAGGCAGCUUGCUAAUGUUGUAAAUAGGCUACAACAAAUUAGCCCUACAAAGAAAUUGCCUCUUGUCAUUCUUCAUCAGAAUCGUAUUUAUACUGGCCCAGCUGAAACUACUAAUAUAAAGAGAAUGUUGGGGAGCUGGAGGAAGGCUGGUGCCCUUUAUGCCACCCCACUAGGUUCAAAUGAUGACUGGUAUUGGUUAUACGCUGCUGUUAGAUGCAAGUGUUUGUUGCUUACAAAUGAUGAGAUGAGGGACCACUUGUUUCAGCUGCUAGGAAAUACUUGUAGCAUUUUCCCUCGAUGGAAGGAAAAGCAUCAGAUUAGGAUGACAGCCUCAACAAGUGGUCUUGUCCUCCACAUGCCUCCACCAUAUUCAAUUGUAACUCAAGAAUCUGAAAGUGGUAGUUGGCAUAUACCUACAGUGACAGGUGAUGACCUCGAAAUACCUAGACAGUGGCUCUGUGCUACUAGAGCUACUAAGAUAAAAUCCAAAGUUAAAGCUCAAUUGUCCAAUUGAGUCAUUAAAGGUUGAUCACUUCAUGGAAUCAUGGAUAGAAACUAAUAAAGAGAGAAUGAUUUAAUUCAUUUCUAGUGGUUAAUAUCCUGGGUUUCUGCUUCACAAGGCACAAGCGGUAGUAUGUUUGAGAUUGAUAGCUCAUCUUUUUUAAAGUAGUCUUUAUGAUCAUAUUUUGGGAAAGAAAUUCCCUUGGCUUGUAUUUGUUACAUCUAUGAAGUACUUCAUAUAAAGAAAUUAUUGUCCUAUUUUUUCGAGCACCACUCUAAUAUGUGACAUCACCGACAUGACAAUGUCAAGAGUGUUAUCCUACUUUUGUAUAAAUUCUUCCUUCAAAUAUAUUGUUCCAUAUCAGUACAAAUUGGCCUCUAUAGUGGAUUAUAAAAA